CCGCUCCUUACCCCACGCAAGCAAUGGCGAUCUCCAAGCUCAUCGCAUUGUUCUUCGCUUUCGCGGCCGUGGCGGCGACGCUGCCGCCGUCCGAAGCGAGGGUCCAGGGGUUCACGACCACAACCGGGAACCAAGAAGAAACAGACCCUUCGUCCAAGGCCGCCGCCCAGGCCGGAGGCGCCCCCGGCUUCUCCCUGCCGUUGCCUCAGAUCCCCGGCCUUCCGCCAUUGUUCGGCGGCUUCCCCUUCCCGCCGCUGCCUCAGAUCCCCGGCCUUCCACCGUUGUUCGGGCCGCUCCCCGGCGCGCCAGGCGCUCCACCAUCUCCCGGCAUCCCACACUUUCCGCCCAGCGCUGGCUCUGCUGCCGCCCCUGCGCCGCCACCGCCCGCAGAGUGCCUGACGCCGUUGAUGCAGAUGGCGCCGUGCGUGGACUACCUCACCAACAUCACCGUCGUCGCGCCCCCGUCCACGUGCUGCGACGGCCUCAAGUCGGUCAUCAGCGGCGCGCCCAUCUGCCUCUGCCACGGCAUGAACGGCGGCAUGAGCAAGCUCUUCCCCAGGCCCAUCGAUCCGAUCCGGAUGCUCAUCCUGCCGCUCAGGUGCGGCGCCAUGCUGCCACUAGGGACGCUUCUCACGUGCUCCACUCAAACCCUACCGCCGCUGGCUCCUCCUAGUUCCACUCCAGCGCCCCCUGCUUCUCCCGUGUCUCCGGCGCCUGCUAGUUCGCCCGUGUCAACACCUACAGAGGCAUCCCCAUAAAAGCAAGAAGAUGAUGCAUGGUUUGGUGAAGAUUAUUAUAUUCAUCAGUUGAUGUUUAGUUGCAUAGCCGCUUUAGUUUUACCAAGACGUAGAAGUACUAAGGAUAUUCCCGAGUUUACACAGCCAUGGAGAGUAUAGUCGUGUAUAAGGUCGUCAAUGGAUAGCAUACUAGAUGAAUAUAUAUUCGUUAUUUGAAUGAAUUCCUACUUUUUUUUAUUGAUUGGAAUUUUUUGUAGGUAGCUUA